AUGAUUGUGAUGAAUCCAUCAAUGCCACACGAAGAAUCAAAUAUUCUAAAUUUUAUAUCUGCUAAUGAUGAGAUCAAAACAACAGAAAUUACCUUGUCGAAUUAUCAAAGUUCAAUGUAUACAAGCAGAUUAAUAAACACUAAAGAGAUUAAAUUAGCAUAUGAAUCAGCUAAAUUUAGAG